AUGAUCCAGCUCCCGUUUGGACUGAUUCUGAAAUGGUCUGACGGCACUCGGGUAGAAGAAGUGUCGGCGAUGCAAGUGGCUAGAGCAGCUGGCUUCCCGGCCCCAAAAGUCAUCUGCUAUGGAGAGCAUCCUGAUGCACCACAUGCUCCAGUGUCGAAUUUAAUGACCCGCUUGCCUGGAAAAGAGUUGGGUCAAGUGUAUGAAAAACUGAGCAGCGAAGAUCAAAAGUCGGUGCAACGAGAGCUCAAAGGCUACUUGGACGUGAUGCGCGGAUGGAAAGACCUGCGGGGUGGGAAAACAAUUUCUUCUUUGCUGGGCACUUCAAUUCGGAGCGUUCGCAUUCCUAACCAUUUUGCUGGUCCAUUCGAGUCCGAGGAAGAAUUCAACGAAUAUCUCAUCCGACCGUCCUGGGCGGGUGGUUUCCCCUCCGAGGAGGCGUACAAUGAUGCCCUCAGUCUAGCCAAAGGUAUGGGAAAAAUAUCACAUAAAAUUGUUUUUACCCAUGGCGACCUCAAACCCCAUAACAUUCUGGUCAAAGGGGGGCGCAUCAUAGGCUUUCUAGACUGGGAAUCGGCAGGCUGGUACCCCGACUAUUGGGAUUUCACGACAGCAUUGCGGUUCACGCGGGACGACUUUUGGUGGUACAGCUUCGUGGUUGGCCUGGGUGGUAGCGCGUAUUUGGCGGAACUGAAAUGUGAGCGCGCGUUAACUUCUCUGACGAGCGCUUCGUAUUACUAG